AUGUCAGUUACUGAAAAGCCAGUAUUGUAUUCGUACUGGCGUAGCUCAUGCUCUUGGCGUGUCAGAAUCGCGCUAAAUCUGAAGGAGAUACCAUAUGAUAUUAAGGCAGUCAGUCUCAUUAAAGGGGGAGGUGAACAGCACUGCAAUGAGUACAGAGAAGUCAAUCCUAUGGAACAAGUCCCAUCUCUUUGUAUUGAUGGCCACACGUUGGUGGAAUCGUUAAGCAUUAUGCAUUACUUGGAAGAGACCAGACCACAGAGGCCCCUGAUGCCGCAAGACUGCUUCAAACGCUCCAAAGUUCGUGAAAUUUGUGAGGUAAUUUCUUCGGGUAUCCAACCACUCCAGAACCUGAUAGUUCUAAUUUACGUUGGAGAAGACAAGAAGAAAGAAUGGGCUCAGCAUUGGAUUACGAGAGGAUUCCGCGCCGUGGAAAAACUGCUCUCAGCUUCUGCCGGAAAAUACUGUGUGGGAGAUGAGAUAACACUUGCAGAUUGUUGCCUUGUACCACAAGUAUUUAAUGCCAGAAGAUUCCAUGUGGACCUCCGUCCCUUCCCUAUUAUUCUUCGUAUAGAUCGCGAGUUGGAGAAUCACCCAGCAUUCCGCGCUGCUCACCCAUCAGCACAGCCAGACUGCCCGCCUGAAGUUGCCAAAUAG